AUGGCAGAGAAAUGUGUAAAACUUCAAGAUACCAUUCGUCAGCUCCUGUUUGAAACCACUGACUGUCUUCUUCUUCUUCUGUCCAUCUACGUGUCUCCUCCAGAGCUUCCUCCUCCCUCCCUCCUCACUCUGACUCCCAGCAGCACUCAGCUCUUCAGAGGGGAGCGUUUCACUGUUCGGAGCGCCGUCGCUGCAGACCAGUCUGACACGUGUGAGUUCACUGCUGUCAGUGGGAGCAGUGGACUGUACUGGUGUGAGGGCACCGAGGGCCGCAGCAACGCCGUCAACGUCACAGUGAGCUAUGGGACCGUCAUCUUGAAGACUCCUGCCCUCCCCGUACUCGAGGGCAGUAAAGUGGUCCUCUAUUGUCAGUACUUUACGGGAAGUCACAAUGAAACAACCUUCUUUAAAGACGGAGUAGCAGUCGUCACUAACAGCUCCUCUAGUUCAGACGGAGUAAUGAAGAUGACUAUUGAGAAUGUGACACAGGAAGCUGAAGGCUUCUACAAGUGUGCGUCCCGUGACAAAAAGAAGGAGAGUCCAGAGAGCUGGUUGUCAGUGAGACCUGAUCCAGGUUCCUGGAAAUGGGUCAUAGUCUCAUGUGGAAUUGUAUCUCUGUUCUUCAUGCCACUAACUGUUUGGCUAGUUCGUCACUACAGUCACACAAAGCAGGAAAAGCUGCUGCAGAAGAUAGACGAGAUGGCGGCGCAUAACGGAGGCACUUACUACCAGAUAGAUGAGCAGAUGUUAAACACCAUCAAAGAGAAGCAGCUAGAUGUAGCAGAAAGGGCGGGAAACAGGAGGAGGAAGUCCGAAGAGCAAAGACGACAAAUGAAAGCACUGAUUCCAGAAGAGAAGAAAACCAUCUCAGAACUCCGCUUGAUUCUCUUGGGAAGCCGAAGCGUUGGGAAAACCUCCGUGGGGAACUCCAUUUUGGGAUCCAAAGAGCAAGAAGACGGGAAGAGAACGGCACACUCUGCGGCCCGGCAGGGUUUCAUGGGUGAAACUAAAAUAACUGUUGUUGACACGCCGGGUUGGUGGAAAGGCUUCUCCAUGGAUGACUCUCCUGAAGCGAUGAGGGAGGAAGUGAAGCUCAGCCCUUUUCUGUGCCUCCCUGGGCCUCACCUCUUCCUGCUGAUGAUAGACGCAGACGCAUCCUUCAACGCCAAACACUUAAGAGCAGUGACGUCACACGUGGAGCUUCUCGGAGAAGAAGUCUGGAGACGCACCAUUGUAGUUUUCACCAGAGGAGACUGGCUGGGAACUCAAAGCGUGGAGGAGUACAUCGAAGGGGAGGGCGAGGCGCUGCAGUCUCUGGUCGAAAAAUGCGGAAACAGAUAUCACGUCAUGGAUAACAAGAAUAAAGAUGACGGCACGCAAAUCACGGAGCUGCUGGAGAAAAUCACUGAGACUGUGGCCGGAAAUGGUUGGGACUACUUUGUCCCAGAUGAACAGAUAUUUAAGGCGAUCGAAGAGAAAAGAUCAAAAGUGGAAAAGGCAGCGCAAAUGAGGCAAAGUCAAGUCAUGGACAAAAGAAAACUCCUCAGAGGUAACAGUAAAGAACUCCCGGAGCUGACGGUCGUGAUGCUCGGUCAGAAGACGUUUGGGAAGAGCGCGACAGGAAAUAACCUCCUGCGUAAAGAAGUGUUCGCCACCUGCGAGAAUGAGUCCUGUCAGGUGGUGGUCGGGGAAGCUGCCGGCAGGACUGUCACGGUGAUCGACACCCCGGGCUGGCUGAUGGAUCCGUCCUGCUGCACCGAAGAGAGGGACAAAGAAAUAGUCCGAGGUCUCUCCCUGAGCCCUUCGGGGGUUCACGCGGUUCUGCUGGUCGUCCCGUUGGACCUGAGGUUCAGGGAAGCUCAGCGAGACGCCCUGGAGGAGCACAUGAACCUUUUCGAUGCCACCGUCUGGAAACACACCAUGGUUCUGUUCACGUACGGUGACAACCUGUUGGACAGAACCGUGGAGGAGCACAUCGAGAGGGAGCACGGCGCUCUGCGCUGGCUGAUAGACAAGUGCGAGAACAAAUACCACGUCGUGAACAACACGAAGAGAAUGGACAUGGGUCAGGUCAACGAGCUGUUCCAGAAGAUCGAGGAAAUGGUGGCGGGGAACGGAGACCGGCUCUUCCGCCCUGAGAUGAACGACGUCCACGCGAGAAUUGAUGAGAAGUUCGGGAGGAGGCAGCUGAAGAUGGUGCUGAAGCAGCGUCUGGAGGAGGAGUACAAGAAGAGGGAGCUGGAGCUGAUGACGGGGUUCAAGGAGACGCUCCUCCAGCUGCAGGCCUCGGCACACAGGGGAAGUUUGACGGGCACGAAGACCAAGUCACUGAUCCCUGACGUCAACAAAAUCAAACCCAAGGGCAUUGGCCAGAGGAGGAAAGAUGGAAAGGAGAAGGAUGAAAGCAUGGACAACAAAAUCAGCCAGGAAAUUGACAAGCUGGACAAAGAGAUCGAAAAGAAAUCAUCGGAUCUUAAGCUCAGCAGCAUGGAAAUCUUUCACCCAGAGUUAAAAGGAGAGAGUCCAUCUAUCGAUGGGUCUUUGUCUCCAAGGGAGGAUCCAACCUUUAAUAAAGUUAUUGGUUGGCUGUCCCAUCUUCAGAUCAGCAGAAACUUUGAUAACCAGAUGACCCUGAACUUCUCUCAGACGUCUGGUUACAGAUCUAUGCCAAACGACGAGCUGGACUUUGACGAAGAAGAAGAAUAG